AUGAACGAGAUAGAUGGGCCCCAAAGUGGUAACGGCCUUUCGACGGAUGUAUCCGGACAAUCAGCGGACAAUACUCGGCUCAGCACAAUAAAUGCUGAAAGUGCAAUUAGUACACAGAAAAAUGACACAAAUGAUAAGAUCAAGGACGAAAAUGACAUCAGGAUCGCAGAUAUUCAUCAGGAGGGCAUUCAGAACAGCAAAGAAGAUAUGGAAAAGAAGCAAAAAGAUGAAAACUCCACAGUAAAAGCACCACAGAAAAGGAAAAGAAAGAGAAAGAAAGUGUCAAAUGCAUGUGUUUAUUGUCGCAGAUCUCACAUGAUUUGUGAUCCAGGGCGUCCAUGUCAGCGUUGCAUUAAACGGAAUAUCGGCCAUCUGUGCCGGGAUGAUGUCUCGAGGGGGAAAAAACGCAAAAGUCGGAAAAAAGGGUCCUUAGAUAUCAAUCAAAAUGCACAACAACCUUCAACUCAGCAUGCAUUUGCAUCUGGUGCACGGUUGUCCUCUGUAGAGGCUUCGGGUGCCGGUUUGGGGCAACCCCAGAUUGCUGGAUUGUACGACCAGACAGUGCAAGGUGCACAGCCCGGAAAACCCGUCGGGUACGCAAAGUCCCCAGAGCUGGUUUCGAACGCGGCAAGUGCCGCAAUCAACCAGAGGCCGUUUUUUUACUCGGAGCACGCAGGAUCGGAAUUUAACUCGUUGACUGAAUUUUUGUCGAUGAUCGAUGAUGCAGAUGUCAUGAAUACGAUCAGCAUGGAUGACGAUCCGAUGCUCCGGAAGCUUGAAACUACAUCCGCACUUGGAUACAGCGCAAAUAACUCUUCAACAAACUUGAACGGGCAGCAGUCGAUCGACGCGUCGGUGCCCGGAGCAGGCCAGUCGGUUUCCAAUUUCCGGUUUUCUCCGAUUACCCCGGGGGCACAAAUUCGGCAAUCGGAAGCCGGCCAGUCGGUGACUGGUGCAGGGGUGCAAUAUCGCAGCCAGAGCCAAGACUUAAAUCCAAACCAGAACCAAGUACAAAGUACAAACCAACGCCAAAGUCAGAACCCUGCAGUUCCAUACGUCUCAGAUGUUGCAAGAGCGAAAUUCUUUUUGACAGCUGCAGAUCCAACCACAGAAAUCUCACCUGAAGAGCGAUUAAAGCAGGUUAUUAAUGCCAAGCUUGAAGCUGGACUUCUCGAGCCUUACAACUAUGCAAGAGGCUAUCAGAGGUUACAAACAUACAUGGAUAAUCACAUGGCAGCAUCCUCCAGGCAACGGAUAUUGAAGCCAUUGUCGCUUUUUCGUCCCGGGUUUCGGGCCAUUGCCAAAUCCUUGAAAGAUAUCGAUUUAAUUCUGGUCGAGGAGAAUUUUGAGCGCAUGCUUUUGGAUUAUGACCGGGUUUUCACAUCAAUGGCAAUUCCUGCAUGUCUCUGGCGGAGAACUGGUGAAAUAUACAGAGGAAAUAAGGAAUUCGCUUCAUUGGUUGAAGUUUCCAUCGAUGAUCUGAAGAACGGCAAGCUCACAAUAUACGAAUUGAUGACCGAGGAAAGCAGUGUUAAUUUCUGGGAGAAGUAUGGGGCCAUUGCGUUUGAUAAAACGCAGAAAGCAGUUUUGACAAGUUGCAAUUUGCGGACAAAGGAUGGGAUGCGAAAGCAGAGGUGCUGCUUCAGCUUUACAAUCCGCCGAGAUAAGUAUAACAUCCCAAGCUGUAUAGUGGGAAACUUUAUUCCGAUUCAGUAG